CUUUAUAUGUGAUUGAUAGGGCAAGAUCAAGUAAACGUGUUCUUUCAGACUCACAUACUUCGACAUUUCCUCCCAAAUCGCUCGUCCUUGCAAUUCUUUUUCAGUUUGUAAGGUUUGUCGUCGUCCAAGGACCUCAUUCAAGAACAAUCACAACGAGGUUUAUGAAAUUUUCACCACAGUGUACUUGAUCAUGAAUCCUCAUCAUAAUUCCAAUCAAGAUCCAACAAUUGCUUCCAUACUUCAACAGGUUAACUCUCUCAUUUAUCAGCAAACGUACAAUGGUAGUGUUGGAGGAUUAUAUCCCAAUAACAGGCCAAUUGAUGCUCCAUCUCGUUUCAUGAAUUUCUCUAAUCAGCCCAUUCCCUUGCGAAGUCCUACGGAUCAAUUCCCCAACGGUAUUGGUGGAUUCAAUCCACAGCACAAUUACAAUCCCUUUCCUCCAAAGCAGUUUAAUUCUUCUCAACAACAAGGCCAGUUCUUUGCUAAUAACUCCAUGAAUCAUCCUGUAUACCACCAAAAUGUUGGUAGACCAUUGCAAUUACAAAACCCCAAUUAUGCCCAAUAUCAUCCUGGCAAUUUUCCGAUGUUCCAAAUCCAUAAUAAGAAUACAACGAGUCAUCAAAAUCCUGGAUUUCCUGCAAGUCAGCAAUUUGGCAUGUCUAAUUUCAGUGGAAGCUCCUUUGAACAUGGUAAUCAAGGACAACAGAGAUUUCAUUCACCAUCGAUGGAUGUCAAUUUGUCUAAUAUGGGUCAGCAGUUACAAGGGAACCAAUUUCAACCCAACGCUUCUGGUUCAGUUCAAACACAGAAAUCACACAACUUCCAUGCUACUCCCAAUAAUUUACAGAACCACAUUUCUCAAGGUGUGGGACCCCAAAGUCACAGUUUCCCCAUGAAUGACCCUAUUCGUCAUGGUAAUCAAGGACAACAAAGAUUUGUUUCACAGCAAGGGAGCUUAUAUUCACUCCAUGCUUCUACUUCAGUCAAAGCACAUACUCCUCCUACAAUCACAAAUUUUAAGAGCAAUAUAUUCGCUUUAAAUUCAGAAUGCUAUCAACAAGACAAAAAAGGAACUUUGUCUCAACCCAAGAACUUCACAGGAAAUAAAAAGAAUCACACUUCAUGUAAAGGCUCAAGUGUGUGCAGAUAUAAAUCCCAGUUUCAGCAUGCAAAACAUGUCAAAAAUGGAAACAUGAAUAAAGAGGGUAAGAGCAAUGCUUCAGUAAAUUCGCAUCCUCGAAAUUCCACUAAAUUUAAAAAAAAAAAAGUAUGCUCGUUUAAUUACAUGGAUGAAGAAGUUAAGCAGUGGCGUGAGGAUCGUAAGAAAAACUAUCCCACAAGUGUGAAAAAAUCCAAGGAAGAAAAGACAUCCAUGUUACAUUGUAAGCCUCAAAUAACAAGUGAUAGCGGUCAUAUACGAAUAUGUACCUUGAAUGUAGGAAGAAUGGAUGAGAAUAAGUUGAUGCAACUAACCGAUGCAUUAAGAAAAAGGAAAUUGGACAUUGCUUGUAUACAAGAGACUAAGUGGAAGGGGGCGGAAACCACCGAAUGUAAUGGCUAUAACUUAUGGUAUGCCAGUCUCGAGAACACUGUAAAUGGUGUAGGAGUCUUGCUAUCAAAGAAUCUUAUAGACAAUGUAGUAGAAGUUAGAAGAUGUUUUGAUAGGAUUAUAUCGAUUAAGGUAGUGGUAGAGAAAGAGGUAGUGCACGUUAUCUCUGCGUACGCACCACAUCCCACAUUGGAAGAGUCAAAAAAGAUGAGUUUUUGGGAAUCAUUAGAUGAUAUAGUAAAAGGAAUACCUAUCAAUGAAUGUAUAUUCUUAGGGGGAGACUUCAAUGGACAUAUAGGAAAAGAUAUAGAUGGAUAUGAGACAGUGCACGGUGGUUUAGGACAUGGCACUAGGAACGAAGAGGGACACAGGCUACUAGGGUUUGCAACUGCACACGAUUUGGUGGUCUCAAACUCCUUUUUUAAAAAGAAUGAUGCGCAUUUAAUUACCUUUCAAAGUGAGGGGAAAAGCACUCAAAAUGACUACCUUCUUUUGCGAAAACGACACCUUAGCGCGUGCAUAGAUUGCAAGGUGUUACCGGGGGAGAUCAGCAUUUCGAAACACAGACUGUUGAUCAUGGACUUAUACAUGAGCAUGAUAAAGCGCAUUGCAAGAGAGGAAAUGAAGGAAUUACAUGCAAAACAAGCUCAAUUGGCUUGUGAAGCUGCCGAUCUAUUUAUUCCUCUUCCGAAAAGGCCUCAUCUCAAAGGCCAAGUACGAGUAUGCACCAUAAAUGUUGGAACAUUGAAUGAUAAGUUAUUGAAAUUGACAAAUGCAUUAAGAAAAAGGAAAGUGGAGAUCGCAUGCAUACAAGAAACCAAGUGGAAGGGGGAGGAAGCUACACUCGAGUGUAACGGGUAUAAGUUGUGGCAUGCAGGACUAGAGAACGCAAUAAACGGUGUAGGGAUCUUAAUAUCAACAAACCUCAAAGACAACGUAGUAGAAGUUAAAAGAUGUUGCGAUAGGAUCAUUGCGAUCAAAGUAGCCGUAGAGAGAAAGAUAGUGAACGUCGUCUGCGUAUACGCACCAAAUGCCACUCUAGAAGAUUCGUUUAAGAGGAGUUUUUGGGAAUCAUUAGAUGAUAUAGUAAAAGGUAUACCUAUGAAUGAAUGUAUAUUCUUAGGGGGAGACUUCAAUGGACAUAUAGGAAAAAAGGCGGAUGGAUAUGAGACAGUGCACGGUGGUUUUGGAUUUGGUACUAGGAACGAUGAGGGACAUAGGUUACUAGAGUUUGCAACUGCACACGAUUUGGUGGUUGCAAACUCCUUUUAUAAAAAGAGGGAUGCGCAUUUGAUUACCUUUCACAAUGAAGGGUAUAAUAGUCAAAAUGACUACCUCCUUUUGCGAAAAUGGGACCGUAAGGCGUGUAUUGAUUGCAAGGCGUUACCGGGAGAGACGAGUGCUUCGCAACACAAGUUGUUGUUCAUGGACUUAUACAUGAGCAUGAAAAAGCGCAUUAAGAGAAACCCUAAUAGGAAAAAACACAAAAAAGAACAGUUGAAAAAGGGAAAGCUCCAUAACAAAAGAGGAAAAACAUUUCAAAAUGAUCGAAUCGCCAAGAAAGCAAAGACCAGAUAAUCCCAACUAACAACCCUAACAACCCAAAAAUCAAUUCUGUUGAUGUAAUUGUUAGGUACAGAGUAGUAUGAUGUUAUAAUAGCAUUUGUGUUUGUAAUUUCUUGUGAAAUAUUGACCAAAAGUAGAGAAUGUCUUCUUUUGUUCUUUUUAUUUUAAUUUUACGUUUAUAAGGAUUAUUAAUGACACAUCUUUUAUUCGAUAUUA